GAUUAAUAUGCACAUUUGUUUGAAUUGAGUCAGUCGGACACGGACGAUUAAUCUAAUAGCAGUUAAACUCUAUCACUAGGAAAGUAACUCUUGAGCUUAUUGUUGUACUGUACUAAGCGCUGUUUUAGACAAUGAAAAACAUAACUACGCCAAUUGUGUUAGUGAUUUUGGUUUUUGGAGUAUUAACCGUGUAUGGUCAAACGGAUUCGAAACUGCAAACACCAUCCAAUGGAUCAGCUUUCGAAGAAGUGGUUGUCGAAACAUCACUCUAUGUAAGGAGACCAAGUACAGUGCUACGACGACAACAGCUGAGAGCCCUGGAGGAUGGGAGCUCCCGCGUGAAGCGCGAUAUCAGUCAUUCAACUGAUCAUGCAAAUUCAAACUUGAGGUCAAAUGCACUAAAUCCUGCUGCCAGCAAGCUGACCAACGACAAUUUCAUCCAAUCGUUUUUGGAUAAAGGCUUCAAUAAUGGGGCUUCGAAGGCAGAGCAACGAGCUUUCUACAAACAAAAACCGCAUCGAAGAAACAGACCGGUAAUCAACUUGUUUGAUGUUUAGAACGACUUGCGCGCCGGACGUGUCACUCCGAACGAAAUGCAAAUUAUCCGUAACUGUGGGAGGCAAAAUCCUAUGGGAACGGCGGUGAAUCUCUGUUUAGUUUUUGUAUGAUGUUGUUAUUCUUGUUUAUAAAAAAAUCUAUGCGGACUCAAAUAAGCUUCGAUUUAAUAAACAAGCGUUCCUAAAAGAAGAAAAA